UGGAACUUCAUUCAUGGUGAUGCUUUAACACGUCAUCGUCGAACCCACUUCAACGUCGCCAAUGUUCUCGAAACUUAUCAGCCACGAGCCAGAACCGAAGGACAUCUGUUUCAGCCAGAACCACCGACACCUGGCGAUGUGGCAGUAACACACUCGAGCGAAGAAGAAAGCAAGAAAACUGCUUUCACAGACCAGCGUGACGCGCAUUAUGCCGGAAUGUUCACGAUUGCGAUGCAGAGAAACAAAGAAAUGGAAAUGAUGGAUAAGAGUGCGACAGCGUGUUCUUCGUUGGACGUUGCCCAACUCCAAAAUGUCGAAUUGAAGCCUGCAGAUCCAGAACAAGACAAGAAGGAACACGAAGAGAAAAAGAAGAAGGAAACCGAGGAAUAUCUCAAGCAGUUUGACAAACCGUUCACCUGUUGA